UGUCCACCCUACUAGGUACCACCACACUGCAACUGACACUGCUGCACCUGCAAAUUUACGUACACAGGGCCAAACACCGCUAUAGGAAAGCUGUUUCAGGUUGACCUCCAUUACCUCCAGUACCUCCACCCUAUCUGUAUCGCACCGCACCAACACCCAGCACCCCCAAAGCGCCCUGACACUCCCUCACUGGUCAACAUCAUCCAUCACCACAGCACAGCGAAGCACUGCAACUGCACAACUCUCCCAACACAGUCACUCCUUCUACUCCAUACUAAGUACCAUCCUACCCCCCAAUCCUUCACCACCACCACCACCUUGCGCCAGUCAACCCAUCCCCAUCCUCAUCCGAUAUCGAGUCGUUCCUUUGCGUAAAAUCCUCUGCUUUCACCACGUAUCGCUUCUUCGCUCGCAAGCCUACUUACUGUACCGCCACCCGUCGCGCAGAAUCCAUCCCAUCCCAUCUCAAAGGGCAGACACAACAACCAUCCCAAAAUUUCUUGCGAGCAACCACUCGACUAUUCUAAAACGGGCGCAUCUACAGUAUCAGUCGAGAUCAAAAGUGGAGCGCUCAUCACCAGAGUCGCCACCCCGUGGUCGCCUUCUCCGUAAUCGAGUCGCUCGCUGGUCGGCAUCGAAUCACCACUUUGGAUCCCAGACUCAGAUCCCCGCUAUUCACCGAAUCGUCUGCAAAAACUCAAUCACAUCCACCCAUUCGUAAUCUUUGCGCAGGAAUCACUUCACUCGACACCAAGGUCAUUCCUACUCAUUCCGAAAGUGUAUGUUGGUUGGUUGGUUGCUGCGACAAUCCCGUCUGUCCCCUUUGUUCGUAAGAUCGGCAUCACCAUAUCGCUGAAACGCAAGGCGACCGAAUCUAAUCGCAUCCGGAGGUCAACCUCCCAACCCUCACAAUUACGCCAAUUUAGAGUCAGAUAAUGAGCGUGAUGCUUCAAGCACCUUCUCGGGCCUCGACGGCCUCGUCAUCCUCCUUCCAGCCAGUGUCGCGUCAAAACACCAUGUCUUCUCAAGAUGGCAGCAGGUCGGUCCGCCAAUCGAAGCGGUAUUCCAUGACCACGUUGUACUUGUCCAUGUCUGCGAAUGAGAAGGAUUUGGAGAUUGAAGAUGACCUCGCAAAGGGUAAGCGCUCCCAAAAGAGCAUUGAAUGAUAAACGUCUAAUAUCGCUCCCAGCCCAGAAAGUCCUCCGCGACCUCAAAGCCAAGAUAUCCUCCCAAUCAAAGAAGAAUUUCGUUUUGGAAAAAGAUGUCAGAUAUCUCGAUUCUCGAAUAGCACUGUUGAUUCAAAACCGAAUGGCAUUGGAAGAGGUAGGGACGGCCUCCUAUGUAGAAAGUGUAUUCUAACCUUGGUAGCAAAACGAGGUUGCAAGUCAUCUGGAAGAUGCUUCAGACUUACAGGAAGGUUUCUUUCCCAACGACGAGAAGACCCAAAAAUAUGGCAAUUUGCUGUUUCUUCUCCAAUCCGAGCCUCGACAUAUCGCGCAUCUCUGCCGCCUGGUGACAAUGGCCGAGAUUGAUUCUCUGCUACAAACAGUCAUGUUCACAAUUUAUGGAAACCAAUAUGAGAGUCGCGAAGAACAUUUGUUGUUGACUAUGUUUCAGGUAAUUAAUUUGAAUCAUCCAUUGACCAUGUGACUGAAACCUGCUCCAUAGUCUGUCCUAACGUAUCAAUUCGAUAAUACCCCCGAAUAUUCGUCCCUUCUCCGCGCGAAUACCCCCGUUUCACGAAUGAUGACAACAUACACUAGAAGAGGUCCUGGGCAAAGUUAUUUGAAGACAGUAUUGGCUGAUCGAAUUAAUGGGUUGAUUGAGUUGAAGGAUCUUGAUCUGGAGAUCAACCCUUUGAAGGUCUACGAAAGAAUGAUUGAGCAAAUUGAAGAAGAUACUGGGAGUUUACCUGCUUCAUUACCACGAGGUGUGACUGCUGAGCAAGCGGCAGAAAACUCUCAAGUACAGGCCAUUAUUGAGCCCCGACUAACGAUGUUGAUGGAAAUUGCGAACGGAUUCUUGCAAACGAUUAUUGAUGGUCUGGACGAAACUCCCUAUGGAAUCAGAUGGAUAUGCAAGCAAAUCCGAAGUCUUACGAAGCGCAAAUAUCCAGACGCAAAUGAUCAGGUUAUUUGCACGCUUAUCGGAGGCUUCUUCUUUCUUCGUUUCAUCAACCCCGCAAUCGUCACUCCAAAAUCGUACAUGCUCAUCGAGGGAACUCCAGCCGAUAAGCCAAGGCGGACUCUGACCUUGAUUGCGAAAAUGCUACAAAACUUGGCCAAUAAACCAUCAUAUGCCAAGGAACCAUACAUGGCCAAACUUCAACCUUUUAUUCAAUACAACAAGGAGAGAGUGAACAAAUUCAUGCUCGAUCUAUGCGAAGUCCAGGAUUUCUAUGAAAGUUUGGAGAUGGAUAAUUAUGUCGCUCUAUCGAAGAAAGACUUGGAACUUUCAAUCACGCUAAAUGAAGUUUACGCUACCCAUGCGUUACUGGACAAACAUAGUGCUGAGCUUAACAGAGACGCAAACUCCCACUUAGCUGUGAUCUUGGCGGAUCUUGGGCCUGCCCCAGCUCAGCUGCCUCGGAAGGAAAACAGGGCCAUUAAUCUUCCACUUUUCAGUAAAUGGGAAACAGCCAUUGAUGAUUUGACAGCGGCCUUGGACAUCACACAGGAGGAAGUCUACUUUAUGGAAGCCAAGUCGACUUUUGUUCAAAUCAUGCGAUCGAUACCAAGUAAUAGCGCAGUUGCUCGAAGACCACUUCGCCUCGAACGUGUGGCAGAUGCUGCAGCGACAUCACGAAAUGAUGCUGUGAUGGUGCGAAAAGGUAUACGAGCAAUGGAGCUGCUGAGUCAAUUGCAAGAGCUGCAAGUCAUUGACAAAUCCGAUCAAUUCAGUCUCCUUAGAGAUGAGGUUGAGCAAGAAUUACAGCAUCUCGGAUCUCUCAAGGACGGUGUCAUCCUCGAAACCCAAAAGCUGGAUGAAGUCUUCAAAACCAUUAGAGAUCACAACUCUUACCUGGUGGGUCAACUUGAAACAUACAAGAGCUAUUUGCAUAACGUUCGAAGUCAAAGUGAAGGCACUCGACGCAAGCAGCAAAAACAUCAAGUUCUAGGCCCAUAUAAAUUCACUCACCAACAAUUGGAGAAGGAAGGCGUGAUUCAGAAGAGUAAUGUGCCCGACAAUCGGAGAGCAAACAUCUAUUUCAAUUUCACUAGUCCUUUACCGGGCACUUUUGUUAUUUCUUUACAUUAUAAGGGUAUGACGAGUACCCGUACCCCAUUUGCGCAGAAUAUAUAUACACACAUACUAAUGAAACCAGGUCGGAAUCGUGGACUUCUCGAGCUUGAUCUGAAAUUGGAUGAUUUACUCGAGAUGCAGAAGGAUAACCAAGAGGACCUCGACCUCGAAUAUGUUCAGUUCAAUGUACCCAAGGUUCUCGCCCUCUUGAACAAGCGAUUUGCAAGGAAGAAGGGGUGGUGAGAUGUGGCUUGAUAGCGUUUCAUCAUCAUUUUCUUGUUUCUUUCAUCAUCGUCGUCGUCAUCAUCAUCAUCAUCAUCAUCAUCAUCAUCAUCAUUUUCACUUCUCACGUUGUUUCCCAACUGCUGGCGUGCGGUUCAAGGCUUGGAUGGUGGGGAGUGAGGGGUUGGGGGGGAGUCGGAGGCGAAUUUGAUAUCCUGGCGUCCAAAUGUGGUAUUUGGCGUAUUCAUUUCUUCUGCUUGAUUGAUGGGAAGACUUAUCUUGCUUGUUUUUUUCUUUUUUCCAGUUUGCUCGACUCUUUUCACUUGCUUUGUUGCUGGGCCUUAUACCUCUUCUCUUGUCUUUUUCUCUCUCUCGACAUUUUUUGGUCUUCUUCUCUUCAUCUGCGGUUCUUGGAGCGGAGAUGGGAUUAUUUUGUUCUAAUGUUUCCUCUUCUUUUUUCUUUCUUUCUUGGAAGCAAGCGUGUGAAUGGAUGGAGGGGGUAAGGGAAGCGGGUGUAGUAGUGUAGUUGGGCUUUCGCCUUGGCUGGUCUGGGCGUCUUUUUUUUGGGGGAAGGGGGAGGGAGGAAAGGGUUUAUAGACGAUGAUAGGAUUUUUUUUUUCUUCUUCUUCUUUUUUAACCUCUUCGAAAUGAGAUGAGAUUGAAGGUGUGAUGAUGAUUCUCUUUUUUUGAGAUGUGAGGUGGUGUGUGGUGUGAGUGUGUGUGUGAUGAGUUUGUGAGAGAUGAUGGGAUUAAUGGUAUGGAUAGAGAUGUAGAAUUUGAGUGAUGCGGUCGGUCUAAGCUUUUUUCACUAUUCGGGGUUCUACAUCUCUGGUUUUGGGGGUAGUAAGGGUGGGAAAGGAGAGGAGAGGAGGGGGGGUUAAUGGAAAUCAAAUGAUGGAAUGAAUGAAUGAAUAGAUUAAUUUAUUCGUCGGAUAGGAUAGGAUAGGAUAGGAGAUGUGAUUUAUUUUUCCUUGUUGAGUGUUGAGUGUUGUCUUAUCUUAAUUGUCCUUUCUUUUUCUU